GAAAGGAAAAGAUUAAUCGCAUAAAUUGACGACUGAGGAGUUAUUGCCAUUUUUUCUCUCUCUUCCCUUCCCUUUCCUUCAUCUUUUAUUAUUUCUUCGCAUAUUUUUAAUAAUAGUGAUAAAGGAGAAAAGCAGCAGAUCAAAGGCGAGAAGUAGUAAAUAGAGGAGGAAUUGUGAGGCAAAGAAGGGGAUCGAUCGUCGGGGAGAAGAAGAAAUGGGAGUGAAGAAAUGUGAGCUUUGCGAUUCUCCGGCUAGGAUCCACUGCGAAUCGGAUCAGGCGAACCUGUGCUGGGACUGCGACGCCAAGGUGCACGGCGCCAACUUCCUUGUGGCCCGCCACUCCAGGUGCCUGCUGUGCCGGAGGUGCCAGUCGCCCACGCCGUGGAGGGCCGAGGGUUCUCGUCUCGGAGGCACGGUCUCCGUCUGCCAGCUGUGCGCCGCUACCGCGUCGGGCUCGCUCGAGGGAAACGGCGAAGGGGGAUGUCCCACCAAGCUGUGCGUCGAGGAGGAGAAAAGGGUAGAAGAGGUAGGAGGAAGAGAUAGGGAUGAAGAGAAAGAAGAUGGGGAGGGGGAGGAGGGGGAGGAGGAAGAAGAGGAAGAGGAUGAAGAGAGUGAGAAUGGGGAAGAGGAGGAUGACAUCGACGAAGGGGAGAACCAGGUGGUGCCGUGGUCCAUGACUCCACCGCCUGUGGCGAGCUCAUCAAGCAGCGACUACGAGGAAGACGAGACGGGUCGGACGGCAGGCAAUACCGGUGUCCACUUGAAGCGGAUGAGGGAAAAUGUCGGUCUCACGGUCUCCCAGUCACAGGAUGACCUAGCCUGUUCGUCGUCCCGCCUUGCGUCGGAUCCAGCGGCGUCUGCGGUUGCACCGGACGAGAUCAACUCCUUGGCCACUCCAUUCCGCUCCCUCAGGGAUAGGAAGAGGCCCGCCCAUGCCCUAGCCUCGCCGGCCCCACCUGUUGCCGAUUCAACCACCGCCACCAUGCGCAACUUCCGCGUCCACAACGCUAACCAUCGCCCAGGUGUCGGUGUCUUCCACGCACCAAAGUCAGCUUGAUGCAGAUUGAAUCACUAAUCCUCAAGGUUGAACUUGAAACUCUCACAGAGCCGCUAUUCUUAACUCGAUACAUACCGCGUCGUGUUACAAAUGAAAUGGUAGUGUGUUAUGAUUAUCCAGCUUCUAUCUUAUAGUUGUGGUGAUUUGAGCUUUGUCAAUUUGUGUCGUUGUAUUAGCAGAGGCCAUCCUCCAAUGGUUUUCGAACAAAUUUGAUAGCAAAUGGAACAUUCAUUAUUGAGGCGACAUAACUUUA